AUGCGCGCAACUCUCCGUCUCUUCGCCGCCGUCCGACCAGCGGCGCGGUAUCUCGAAGCCGGCACACCGACGGGCCUCACAGGCAUCUACACGCACGCCUCGCCGCGCUCGACCCUCCUCUACCUCUACACGUCGACACUCGACAAACUCAAGGCCGUGCCCGAGCACUCCGUCUACCGCCAGUCAGUAGAGGCCGUCACGAAGCAGCGCAUGGCCCUCGUCGAGGCCGCCGUUCCGCCCUGGUACGAAGAGUGGGCCGAAAAGACGCACAAGCUGAUCAGCGAGCACCCGGAGGAGUUCACUGUCGCAUCCCACCACAGCGUCAGCGGCGAGACGGCCGUCAAGCUCGAGCGCGACGGCAAGGCAUUUGUUGUGCGCCACAUUCCACCGAAAGAGGACAUGCGGUACGAGGAGUGGGACGGCGAGGUGGACGAAGGCCCGGAGCUUGAGGGCAGCAGGACGCUCGAGGAGAAGCAGGACCUGAGGCACAUCUUUGAGAGGAGAGAUCCGAGCGAUAUUGAGCACGUGCACUUGGAGCCGGAGCCGCAGCUGACGGCUGAUCAGAUCUCGGAGCUCGAGACCAAGAUUGGCGCGGGCCUGAUUGAAGAGGUUAUCCAGGUUGCCGAGGGUGAGCUCACGCUGGUGGACACCAUGAUCCAGGCAAAGGUCUGGGAGCCUCUCGAGGAACAGCCCGCUGAGGGCCAAUGGACCUACUUUGAGCGGAAGCCGUGA